GUCACUUCAAGACGACAUCUACCGGUAAAAGGUUAAUAAACAGAAAAAUUGUAUGGUGUGGUCUGGUUAAUUAUUCUAUACGGCAAUUUAUAACGAGUUAUUAUUCGAGAAAUAUUUUAUCCCUAAUAUUUUUACUUGAAAAGGAAAAGGUUCGUAAAUGUCCAUUCACAAUAAAGGUUAAGAUAUUAUAUAAAAUAAUCAAAUAUAAAAAGGAUAGUGUGUUGUGCAGUGUUAUAGGAAAAAGAUGCGAAAUUUCACCGCUAGAGCUACAUAAAAGCCUACAAGCAAGACAUAUACGCCGUACGAAAAGGCUAUAUCUAAUAAUACACCAUAUUUAACUACUUAUGCAAACAAUUAUGGAUCAUUUAGAUACGAAAUAAAACUUCUCAAAAUGUGUGAUCAAGAAACCCCCAACACUGUGGAUGCUACUAAAAAUUCAAACUCUGACAACACAAACCCACAAGAUAGUUCUACAUCUAUCCAUCAAAAUGACAGUUCGAUUGAACCUCAUUCAGACAUUACAGAUAAUCAAGAAGCCACUGACAAUGACAAACAAUGUGAUGACUUUGACCAAUCGUCAAAUAUAUCAAGAGAACUUAAAUCCUUACUAGCUCUGUCGAAGGAAGCCAAUCUAAAGACUAACAUAUCUCACAAGCGCAAGAAAGAGGCUGCCCGUAGUUUUUCAUUGGAAGCUGAUUCCAAGAAAUCAGUCAAACUGGCUUCUGAAAAUAAGCAUUUUAAGUUUCCAGUUACAGCAGAGGCUGAGUUAGAUGAACUUCCAGAACAGGAGAAUAAAUUUCAAAAUGAGACUUUAAAAAUUUUCAAAAGGAAACGGAAUAGUUUAAGUGAGAAUUCCGGUAGUGCUGCUGAUUCAGAAGAAUUCGGUAAACGGAAUAAGAAGGCUCGUGAAUAUAAAGUAUUUAAGCCCAACAAAGAUAUAUUUUGUUGGCGCUGCCAUCGCGAAGGUGUGAACAUCGCUUGCGAAACCUGCCCCAGAUCCUAUCAUCAAAAAUGCUUAAAACAAACCAUCACAGACGCUUCGCAUUGGCCUUGCCCCGAAUGCGUUGCCAUCUUAAAAGCAGAGAGCACACAAACAAGGUCUCCAGCUAUGAAAGGUAUGACGUUGGAACACUUGUGCAGCUUACUUAAGUUUGCAGUCAAUAGAAUGAUCCAGUGUCAUGGGUCUGAACCCUUUUUACACCCAGUUAAUAUUAAAGAAUUUCCUGAAUACAAAAAAUACAUCAUCGAACCUAUGGAUUUAACAAUGUUGGAGAAAAACAUCAAAGAUAACAUAUAUGGAAGUACUCAAGCGUUUGAAGCCGAUGCUAAAUGGUUACUACACAAUAGCAUCAUAUUUAAUUCUUAUCAAUCUAAACUGACUUCAUCGGCAAAAACCAUGAUUAAAAUAUGCAAACAAGAAAUGAUGGAGAUAGAAAAUUGUCCCAGUUGUUAUUUGAAAGCUAAUACUAACAAAUCCACUUGGUUUGUUGAAGUUUGUCCGAAGCCUCAUAUUUUGGUUUGGGCCAAACUCAAAGGAUUUCCUUAUUGGCCUGCCAAAGCAAUGUCUAUAAAUUCAUCAGGGAUGGUCGAUGUCAGAUUUUUCGGAGCCCAUGACAGAGCAUGGGUACAUUAUAAAGAUUGCUAUCUUUAUUCGGAAAAGGACCCCAAUACUUUUAAGCAAAAACGAUUUGACAUUGAAAAAUGCGUUGAGGAAUUAAAUUUUUAUAUUGAGAAUUUGAAAAAAAUAUAUGGCGAAUUUCGAUAUGCUCCGUUUAGAACAUUAUUAGAUUCAGAAGAUAUUUACAAACAACUCGUAAUCUUUCUUCCGAAAUAUAAAUCGGUACAAGCUCGUAGAAGAUCAACCGUAGAUUCCAUUGACGCCAAGUCUGAUGAGCAGGCUGACUCAAAAACUGGCCCCAACGAAGAAAUUUCGGAAGAUCCUGAAAAAUCGGAAGCAUCGAGUCGCUCUAACUUGACUACUCCCAUUCAGGACAACGACACUACCAUGGAAGGUUACGGAACUGAUGAUGACAUGCCAUCCGAAAUCGAUCACGAAAGCAGGAAGGCUUUCGCCGAGAAGAAGGAAUCGAAUAGCGAUGACAAAACUGAAGACGAGGAUGACGAAGAUGACACGCAAAUACCUGCUAAUGUUUCUGUGGACGGUACUUUACCUAGAGGUAAAGUUAGGACAAGAGGAGGCUUCAAUCACGCGAUAGGUAAACUAAAAGUGCUGCCACGAAUGUCAUCGGAAAACCGUAUGUCCGACGAUCUUUCAUCUCCGGCCCAGAAAAAAUCGAGAAGAAAUAGCGAUCAAAGCGUCAAAAGCGACUCCAGUCGCAUUUCAAACGUAUCCGAUAAAAUAAAUCGCGUAUCAAUCUCAGAAAACAUGGAAAUAACCCUCGGCAACGAAGACGUCGGUUAUGUCAGCAUUUCUGAGAAUAUAAGUUCUCUCAACGGCGAAAAUUCUCAACCGGGUAGCGAAAAUAGCUACGACAUAAAGAAAAAACCUGUACAGGUCGUUAUUGAGAAUGCCGAAUUUUCUAUUUCACCGAAUAAAGUCAAAAUUUCUGACAAACUCAUAAAAAAACUAUCCGACGAUCAUAGGACUGAAGGAGUUAAAAAAUCAUUGAAAGAAGUUGACAGUAGAGAUAAAAAGAACGAACCCAGUUCAUUAUCUACAAAGCAAACCAAAAUCAACGUGAAUGGUGAAGUUGAAUCUUCAUUGGACGAGGAUACGUUUAUACAAAAUAAGAAACUAGAUUAUGAUACCAAAGCAAAAACAAUUCAGCCGUCUAUAACCGAAUAUAUGACAGUUGUACCUAAAAUUAUCGAUGUUAUAACUGAAUCUCAACCCUCAAGUAGUAAUGAAAAAGUCUCAGAGAAAAAUUCUAAUUCCAGUUCAGAACUGAUUACUGAAAACAUGGAUGUAGAAUUGACUGCAAGUGAAGCAGUUAAACCAGAAAAUGUACUGAAAAAAACAAGUGAAGUUUUACCAAAAGAGAGUACUGAACAGUGCAGUGUUUUGGAAACAAAUAAGCAGGUUUCUGUACCAAAUGAUACAGAAAAAGACUUGGUAGAAACAUUAAUUCCUAAAGAUGUUCAAAAAAUGUUGAGUUCAGAAAAGAAGAAAGAUACUGAACAAUUAAAAGUAAAUUUAGUAGAAACAUUGAUGUCUAAAAAUGUUCAAGAAAUCUUAGGUUCAGAAAAGAAGAAAGAUAAUGAACAAUUUAAAGUAAAUUUAGGAGAAACAUUGGUUCCUAAAAAUGUUCAAGAAGUAUUAGGUUCAGAAAAGAAGAAAGAUACUGAACAAUUAAAAGUAACUUUAGUAGAAACAUCGAUUCCUAAAAAUGUUCAAGAAAUGUUAGGUUCAGAAAAGAAGAAAGAUAAUGAACAAUUAAAACUUGUACAAGUCGCUUCCCCAGCAGGCGAAAUUUCAGGCAGUGGUUUAGAUAAAGUUAUUGAUAAUGUGGUCCCCAUGGAAAUUGCGACGCAAGAAUCUGAUACAUCGCCUUCGAAAAGUAUAGACGAUACUAAUAUCGACAAAAAAAUUGAAUCUCUUAGUAAGAAUAAAAAUAUAAUAGUGUUAUCAGAAAAUAAAACCGAUUCCAAUUCAAUAUCUCACAAAUUAAAACGCCUAGAACAGGAAAUUACUUUUUCUAAAAUAAAACCCGUCUCGGUACAAAGUACAGAGAAGAAAGUUGGAAAUAAAGAAUCUUCGAUACAAGGGGCCGAAAAGGAAGUUGGAAAUAAAGAUUCUUCGAUGCAAGGUACUGAGAAAAUAGUUGAAAAUAUAGAAUCUUCGUUAGUGACCGAGAAGGCAGUUAAAAAUAAAGAAUCUUCGAUAAUAGGACCUAGUACAUCAAAAGAUGCGUCAUGUAAAAAUGCAAACAAAGACUCAGUUGUAGAUAUUAUAGAUGAGUUUAAUGAAGAAGAAGAAGAAGAAGACAUGGCUACAAUUGAAAACAUGGUUAACUUAGUAUACGACAAAAAGAACAUAUUCGAUGUGAUACAUUCUUCCUUGAAAACCGGAGACGUAGAUAAAAGUACGAACGUCUUGAACAAAAAGAAAGAAACAAAUCGCCCGUUUAGAUUUGUAACGGACACAGAUUCGUCGAAGAAGAGAAAAUUAAACGCCGAUGAAACUCCUAGUCCCGCCAAAAUCGUAAAAUUGGUGUCCAUAGAGAGUAUUUUGAAGAAAAAAGAUAAAGACGACGUCGAAAGCGCCGAUCAGGAAAAGAGAAUAAUGGAGAAAUCCGACGCGGCUGCUGAACAUUUAUUGACGCCCGAAGAUAUAAAAAGCGAACCGGAAAGCGAGGACGAACCCAUGUUGCAUUCUUCUAAAAUGGAGGAAAAGAGAAAAUACUUAAACGCUUUGAACAUCUACGAAAGAUCUGCGGAAAAUGAGAGAAAAGAAAAGAACGAGAUUAGGACGAGGUCAAAAGCCGAAGAAAAACGAGAAAGGUUCAAAGUAGUGGACAAUCUUACUCGCAUAAUAGAUGACGUAGCAAUGAACUACAGCGCCCAACACGAAGGCGAAAUAAUCCCACAAAGAAAAGUGGAAAGAAGGAAGAGCACCGGCGGCGCGUUGACCCACGAAGGCGAAAUUUACGUCAAAUCUUUCGCUAAAAUCCCCGCUCCUCCGUGCGGUAAACAGAGAGCACGAAAAACUUUUCCCAUUCCUUAUUAUAUCAAACAAACUGUUAAAACGCCCAUUAUGCCCAGAAGGGACAUUUCUGUUCUGAGAAAAGAUCAACCGCCGCAAAAAGUGUUAAAUACUUCUGGGACAGUUAGACAGGUCGUAUCCAGUGCUAGUAAUACUUAUGCGAAAGCUGUUGGUUCUUCGACCGUUACGACUGUGUCGCCUUCGGGCAGUUCGACGCCAGUCAGCGAAGCCCCUCAAGCGUCUACGUCUUUAGCUCAGCCAUCUUUCGGAGUGGUUACGUCAUCGUCGUCGUCUAUGGGAUUGCUUCCGACAACAUCGUCUGGUGGAUCUUGUUUGAUGUCUCAAACGGCGGCAAAUCCUCACACUAUGGCAAUGGGACACGUCAUUUUAAUGUCGGGGCCUUCUGUCAACUAUUGUCAGCCGAUUAAUAAUCCAGGAUUAAAUGUGGUUUCUCAUCCAGCUGCAUCUUUAACAACAUCUUCAUUGAAUUCUCAAACCCAACUGUCUGUCUUAAAGAAUACUUUACAACCUCCGAAUGUGAGAACUUCGCAGAAUUACAUCCCGCAUGGCGAUUCGGAUAGUUCAGAAAGCUCUUCUCCUGUUAGUGCCACUAAUCAUAGCAAUAAUUCAUUGAAUGAGUCCUCCAACCAAAAAUCUCAAGAUACGUCAAAUAUACCAGUUACACCUACAAAUAAUAGUAAUAAUAAUAGUAAUCCAAUGGAACAAUCGCCACCCACGAGCACGAAUACAAGUAACAGCAGCAAUAAUAAUAAUAACCCUCCCCCUCCGCCAAUGGCAGCUAUUGAACAAGAAGAUGAAUUCGCGGUAUUAAAUGGAUUAGUACCAGAAAGCGUCAGUCGAGCAGUGAGCGAACUUUUAUUGCGACCGCCGCCUAGAUUAAAACCCCGACCGCCAGGUGUCACUAGUCAGAAUUUCGACGAAGGGAUGCCCAGUACCGCAGGAGAUGUUACUAACAAAAUUAAUUCUAUAGCUCACAGGAUGACAGACUACUUCCGAGGAAUGCUAAUAGAGACAUUGGAAGAUAUAGGCAAAACCACGACUCCAGAAGCUAAGAUAACCAGUCUUCAGUUAGAAAUAGAAUCACUAAAGCACACGCAUAAUCUAGAAAUGGCCGAAAUGAGGAAAAACGUGUGCACGAUUCUGAAAGACAUACAAAGGAGUAUUGUAGAAGAACGGGACAAAAUCGUCGACGAAACUAGGGCGGCUUGUGAAAACGAAACUAUAAGAAGGGUGGAAUUGGCGAAAUCGAAACAGUGGUGUGCAAAUUGUCCGAAAGAGGCACAGUUCUAUUGUUGUUGGAACACCAGUUAUUGCGACUAUCCCUGCCAGCAGAAGCACUGGCCGCAUCACGCUGGAAAAUGUACUCAGAGCAUUGAAAAGGCUACAGGAACUGGUCCGGUACCGCCGCCGCGGACAGGCGUGCAACCAAUAGUUUUAAGGCCGGCAUUGACUGCUCCUAAGCCGAUGGGGAGAAUCAUCGCUAAACCAGCCAAGGUUUACAUGAACAAGGCAAAUGCACCACAAAAACCCGUUAAGACUGUGCCGACAUCGGGCCUAACUCUGGUCGAGACAACGCCUGGAAACUACGAACUAGUGGGCAACGGUUCGAUAGGCUUAGCUGGAAAGAUUUUCACGACUAGUGCUGCUACAUUAGCUAGUUCAAAAUACAAGGUUCUAACAUCAUCCGCAGGUACAUCACCGCGACCGUCUGACCCGACGAGACAAGCGUCGUCUAGCGGUACCAAGUCGCAAUACAUUAUUUGAGAUUUUCUAAGAACGUAAGGAUCCAGUAAAGUGAACAUUUUAUGUUUAUUUCGGUGCAAGAUUAUUGACAAACAAGUUGUCUUUGGUCAGUCGUGGUAUUAUUUUAUUUUUUUAAGAUUGUAGGAAUGAAUUAUGUCUUUUUUUAAAGAUUAGUUUAUUAUAUAAACAUACAUAAGUUUAAAUUGAAAUUAGUUCAAUACAUAUUUGAUAUUUCUUUGAGGAAGUGAUGGUUUAAAACAUAUUUCCACUUUGUUCUCUGUAGUUGACGGGAAAUACAAAAAAAUACGUACCUAGAAAAAUUCUACAUCAAUUCUUACACUACUUUUUAAUAUUGCAGUUGCAAAAUCUACAUAAAAGAUGAAAAAUAGAUACGUAAAAUCGUCACUUCCUCUUGUAUUGAGUAAAAGAAAACUGACUUGAUGUUUGAGUGGUUGAAAUAUAAAGAUGAAUCUUGAUUCGUUUAGGUGUUAAAAGUAUUAAAAUAAGCAGGCUUUCUUUAGUGUAAAUAUUUGUAAAUAGAUUUAUUAAUAACAUGACUGUGUAUGAAUUACUUUUUGUUUUUUUUUUUUUUUUUUGUUAAUUUUGAUUUCUAAAGUACGAUAAUAAAAUAUUCUUGUUUUUGUAGAUAGUAUGUAUUCAAAUUAGUAUAUUUUUUAUACUCUAUAAUUUUUUGUUACUUCUAUUUUUUUUGUAUAUAGUUUCCAAUAUAUUCUAAAAGUUGACUGAUCUUUUCGUUUGUUAAAAAACGAUGUAUAAUUUUAUACAAUUAAAGUCACUUUUUUUCUUCUUAAAGUUAAUUGCUACUUAUGUAAUUAUUUUACUUAUCUAUCAUUCAAUAAAAUGUCUUUAUAUUUAAAGGUUUUUUGUUUUGUUUUUAGGGUUAGAUAAAUAAAAGUGGGUGGUAACUAACGUUUAUUAAACAGAAAAUACAAAAACCAGGUUAACAAAAUGCAUUCGUUAUAUUUUUGUUCCCACUUUAGUAUGUAAGUAAUUAAUAAUAAUUUAAAAUUUUCCUUUAUAGUCUUUUAAACUCUUCAGUCUUUUGAAACCGUAUUUUAUUAUUUAUCCACUAUCAACAGACAUGCUCGAUUAAUUUUGUGCUUUCACUAAACAGUCGCAUCGAAUAAAAUGAAAAUAUUGUUCUUUUUUCGCGUUGUAUACAGCCUAAUUCCAAAAUUGUGAUUUACUUUACAUUUGACGGUACAUUAUUUUUUUGUCAACUCGUUUUUUUAUUUUUUUCACUGCCUACGACACACCAGGAUGCCUAUUCUGAAAUUGGGAAGAGAGAAAUACUGAGAAAACAUUUUUACUUUCUACUUCUUCUACUCCAGUAAUUACGCGCUGUAUAAUAUUACCUUUAGCUGAAAAAAUUUGCGGAAGUUUUUAUAUUUGGCGAUUUGAUGUAUUUUUAACUGCUCUUUUCGAUUUUUUAUUUUGCCAUCUCGUAAUUUUGCCGUCGUCGCCUCCAUAUUGUAAUAAAUUGUAAAAGUGAAGUUUUUCAGGAUAUAUAAGGCGAGUUCGGAUAGUCAGGGGCUGGAGCUGGACAAAUUUUAGGGUGCUUUUAACAUUUAAGCGUGUUAAACUGUCACUAAUCGGACUAAACCGAACGCUAAAAGGGUCGUUUGGAGUUAAAAGAGUUGAAGGAAUUUGGCAGAUCGAACGCAAUGCUUGUUACUAGUUGCUUUUACAGCAAAAAUGACUCGUCACAUACUUUGAUUACUAUACGGUGCAAGAGAGAGGUCCGACACGCCCAACAUAGGGCGCGGCCAUUUUGAUUCCUAUGCCACAGUUUAUAGCUAAAGAAUCAGAUCGCUCACUCUGCGUCGGCACUUUUGAUCUCAAUGUUCCAGUUUAUACACUGCGCAACUCGGAUAAUACAAUAUAUGACAACCGCCUAUAAUAAAACAACAGUCUUCUGCGCAUCCUGAAUUUGUAUCCCUGGAGUCAUAGGCGCCGAAUCCUCGGGGCUCUGGUCGACCCUGUAGAAAUAAAUAUUCAAAUAAUUACAUCGUUGUAAAGACGAUUAGAAGACCUUUCCAAUGAGGUGUUUUGAGACACAUGAUUGCAUUUAAAAAAAUUGCCGAUUACGUCACCACGGUAAUACUGGUGACGUAAUGUUCGUUACAUCUACAUCAUGUGAUAACGAUUCAAAAAUUAAAAUUGACCUGUUUUUGGAUUUUUUUCAAAAGUCGAUUAUUUUAGAAAUAAUGAAUUUAUUCCAUACAUUAGCGACAUACUGUAUAAAAUGCCAGUAUUCAUUUACUGUCAAAAGUUCGUAGUUUCUAAUUGGAACGAUCUGGCAAGUUUGUAAUCAUUUUCACUAUCCCCUUUCUCCUCACUGGCCUUUUACGUAAUUUCAAGAAUACCACUUUUUUGGGAGAGUUUCAGUUUAUCUCGUUUUCAAGCAUACGCACCCUGGUGUGUCCAGCGGCUUAAACCUAAUGUGCGCAGAACACUCCUUGCGUGUUCUGAUACUAUUUACUUUAAACCUAUUAGUAUUUAUUUAGUAGGCUUUGUAGAUACAGAAUUAAACUAUUGCAGACAUAAUCACAUGUUUGUUUCAUGUUUUUAACGGUUGCAUCACUUUUGUAUAGAGUGGAAAUUCUAUUACUUUUUACAGUGUUUUCUUGUGAUUAUAAAUAUAUUAUAAUUAAAGGUGUACGGCUCGAUAAACACGCCAAGCCUGUUGGGGGAACAUAGCAUGUGCAGUGUGGGCAAAUUUGCUACUUUUUUGGCUUAUAUAUUCUAUUUUUUGUCAGAAAGGGCCAAUUUUCUUAUUUUUGAGGCCUGUUGUAGGCACAAAAUAGUCGCAUAUGCAGUGUGUCCCCAACCCGUCUGGCUUACCUGUCAAAUUGAUAGUUUUUACUCAGUAGCAUUUAAACAAUCACCCUCUACAAUUUAUUUAAAAGUGAUAGAAAGUAAUUGCCGAACCAAUAAUAAUAAACGCUGAUACCUAGAAAACAACCGAGGGUUUUAUUCAAAUGAUAUUGGUAAAAAGUGUUUUUUUUUUUAAGUUAAUUGAGGCUGGCGCAGUCAAUAGGAUAUGCGCAAGUUUUGCCUGUAGCAGCAAACCUAAUAGCAAGCUAUCAACAAAUACUCCUAUAGGUAUAUGGCUGCCAUGAAAUGAGUAAGUCAUUUUUAAAUUGUAUGUAAAAAUAAUUACAGAUGGUACCUAUUGGCUAUACAUGCGUAUUAUUGUAAACUGAAAUGUUUAUAAUACAUUUUUUUGUCUUGAUUGGUUCAAUGUUCGCUUUAUUUUGAAUUAAGUGAAGUGAUGCAGUGUCUGUAAAAUUUGAGUUAUUGACCAUGGAUAUGGACAAACAUUAAUGUUUGCAUUUCAACUGAUUUACCUGUAAUUUUGUUAAACUAUGGUAACGCAACUGUACAUACAGCCACAAACUGUUCAUAUGAAUCUGCAGUCAUGUAAUUUAUUUUUAUGGCCCGAUUAAAAAAAAAAGUGUGGUAAGUGGUAAGAGAUUUCCUAACGCCAAUGUGGUGGUUACUGAAUUUCAGCAAAUUCUUGACCACUUAACUAAAACAAGAAUUUCAAAGAGGCUAAUUUUUUUGUUUUUUGAAAACUUAACUAUUUUCUUUACAAUUUCGAAUUUUAUUGUAAUUAAAAUUUUGAAAACAGCUCUAGUAUAAUUUGUUAGGCAGUACUAUUAUAAAAUCCAGUCAAUGAUAUACCGUCUGUAAAUAUUAAUAGCAUAUUGUAAUAAUUUAGCUUAAAAAAGACUGUCUUGUCAUUAAGAACGGGGAUCACUAUGUAAAGAAAUUAACUACAAAUCCGAAAAAAAAAAAUGUCUUAUACAAAACAUGUCCAUAGAUGAAAAAAGUUUUAUUGCCCGAAAAAUCCGUUAUUGGAAUGUAUAAAAUUUGUAAAAAUCAUAACUACAUCCAUCUAUUCACAUAUCCAGUAAGACCAUUACUUAAUUUUUAAUCUUGUCGAUUGUAACAAACUAAAAUUACCAAAAGUAAUAUAUUUAUCAGACAUAAAAACGAUUAAAAAAGCGCGAAAAAACCGAUGCGAUUUUUCGGCGUUUAAAAAUUUAUAGGAUUUUACGACUUUCCAUCGAUCCUUUUGGUUCGCAUAAUUAGGUUCUAACGUCGUUUCUUGUCCUAAAUCCGAAUCUAAAAUAAAAUGGCAUUUGUUGAUGUCAAAAUAUAAUUCUGGCGAUUCCUUAUUGAGGUCAUUGAAGUACUUGUGGAUGGUCGUCGUCGCAUUUUCACCUUCCGCAUACGGUGCUGGUAACAUUCCAUCGAAUUCUGAUUUUAUAAACCUGUAAAAUAAACAUAUUUUUUUAAUUGUGAACACUAGAAUUUUCAAAAGGUACUGGAUUCGGUUCAGGUGAUGGCUGCAUUAAAAUCAGUCCUGACAAUCAGAAAUAAUAAAGAAAUAUUGAAAUUAUUUUCACUAGGUUUAUUUAAAAAGAACCAACCGCCAAAUUGGAGUUUUGAAAUAUUAGAAGUGAAAGAUGAUAAAGAAGUGUCUAGCAAGGUCUAAAUUAUAAUAAAUAAUUUUAGAAAUGGAAUUUCCAUUUUCAGUAGGUGGUAUAGAUAUUUUUUAAAUUAAAUAACACCGACAAGUACC